GAUUAUUCUAGCAAGCCAUUAUUUGGUUGGUAGAGUUGAGAUUGAACAUUAUACCUGUGUAGGUGAUAUAUCAAGACUGAAUGUUAAGCUGAUUGCAUGAGAGAUUGGUACCAGAUAAUAACUGUUAUUAUUAAUAAAGACUUGAAGUGAAUUGUAUAACUAUCGUAGUGGUGAAAUAGUUGUAGUUUACCAUGGCUAGAAGACAGUUAGAAGAAGCUCUAAUAGCAGGACAUUCCAUUAAUGAAGGUGAUAACUGGCCGAGUACAUUCAGUAGAGUAGAGUUAUUAAAGACAGUAGAAUUAGACAGCUAUAGUGGAGGAAUAUAUUGUUUACAAUAUAAUUAUAAUGGUGAAGUCUUAGCUGUUGGUACUGGAAAUGGUGGAAUACUCCUGUUUGCACCUAAGACUGGUAACUUAAUAAAAGAAUUAAGAAAGUCGAGACAUGGUGGUCUAGCUAUAAUGUGUAUUAGAUUCCAUCCUAAAGAUACCAAUAUCUUGCUAGCAGGAACAGCUGAUGGUAUGGUAUUCGCUUGUUAUAUGGAGGAAGGAACUUGUAAAGAAAUAAUAUCAGAAAGGGGCAAUGAAAUCAAUUGUUUAGAUUUUGAUUUGGAUGGUUUUAAUUUUGCCACAGCAGGAAAAGAUUUAUCUAUAAGAAUAUAUGAAACUAAAACAUGCCAGCUAGUGAAGACAUUUGAUGGAUAUGAUCAAUCUAAACCAUCCAAUGAAAUGUCAUGCAUGGGUUGUUCACAGCGAGUUUUUGCUUUAAAAUUUCAUCCAGAAUAUAGAGAUAUCUUUCUUUCUGGAGGCUGGGAAAAUCAUCUCAAGAUAUGGGAUGUAAGAACUAAUGAUGGUGUUAAAAGAACAAUAUGGGGACCACAUUUAUGUGGAGAUAGUUUAGAUAUGAAGGGUAUGAAAAUUUUGACUGGUUCAUGGACAUCGACAAAUGCUCUACAAGUCUGGAAUUAUACAGAUGGUAAAUUAGAUAAAAAUAUAAAAUAUUCUAAUUCACCGGAUGGAGAUUUUUUGUAUUGUGCUCAGUAUUGUGAGAAUGAUAUUGUAUUAGCUGGUGGUAGUGGUAAUAAUAGUGCUCAAGCUAUCAGAAUAACAGACGGAGAGUGUAUUGGUAGUAUUAAAAUGAACAAGCCAGUACAAGCUCUAGACAGUGCUUAUGGUGGUAAAUUAUUUGCUGUUGGUGGUGCUGAAAACUGUCUUAAACUGGCCACUAUAACAUAA